GCUGACGAGCAGUGGCAGCGUGAAGUUGCUGUCCAUGCAGGAGGUCCUUGAGCUCGGCAAGGCGAAGCCAGUAGAGCCCAGCCCACCCAAGCCGGAGUCUGUGGCAGUCCUAAUGUACACAAGUGGAUCGACAGGCACGCCGAAGGGUGUGGUACUGCGACACUCGCAGCUUGUUGCGUUUGUUGGAUCCUGCUACGUCCAGUUCGGCUCGCUGAUCCUGGAAGGCGGCGAGACUUUCAUCGGCUAUUUGCCCUUGGCGCACAUUCUCGCAGUGGUCGCCGAGCUGUACUUCUAUUCGACCGGAAACAGCGUCGGCUAUGCUGAUGCCAAAUCCCUGCUUGCAGGGCCGGAAAGGUGCUACCCGACCGGAGGCCUCGAGGAGUUCAAGCCAACAUUGAUGGCUGGCGUGCCCAAGGUCUGGGAGACCAUCAAGAAAGGUGCUGAAGUGAAGGUGGAGAAGAGUGGACCUGUGGUCUCCUUCCUCUUCAAGCUGGCCAUGAAGGUGAAGAAAGUCGCUGUCCGGCAGAACCGAUACACGCCCUUGUUCGAUCUCCUUGUUUUCAAGAAGUUCAAGUCUAUGCUCGGCGGCUCCAUGAAGUUCACCUUAUCUGGCGGUGGCGCCAUCUCGGGAGAAGUUCAGGAAUGGGUCAGGGCAGCUUUCUCCUGUCCACUGGUUCAGGGCUACGGCCUUACGGAAACCUGCGGAGGAGCUACGAUCCAGAAUCCAAUGGAUCCGAGCAUCGGAGCUGUUGGCACACCGCUGGCAUCCGUAGAGAUCACUUUGCAUUCCGAGCCAGAGAUCACUGACACAGCCGGCAAGCCCUACAUGUGCACAGAUGAGGAUCACUUCGGUGAGCCUUGCUGCGGCCGUGGUGAGGUUUGGAUCAAGGGACUUUCCGUCGGUUCCGGAUAUUACAAGCUUCCAGACAAGACGGCAGAGGACUUCGACAAGGACGGGUGGUUCCACACUGGUGACAUCGGAUUGAUCACUCCGGCAGGUCGGGUGAAGAUUAUCGACCGCAAGAAGAACCUAGUGAAGCUGAAGGGAGGCGAAUAUGUCGCCUUGGAGAUGAUCAAUGUCACCUACAACAAUGCAGAGAUCAUCAACGCAGAUGCCGGAGGUGUGUGCUCCUUCGCCAGCCACGAGAUUGAUAGACCUGUCCUGCUUGCUCAGUGCAAGCGGAAGGAGCUCAUGGACUUGGCAGCGAAGAGUGGGGUCACUGGGAAGGAUGGAGAGGAGCUUUGCAGAGACCCGAAGGUCAUGGCCGCGGUGAAGUCCGCUCUUGACGCAGUGGCCAAGGCUGGAAAGCUCCCGGCACUGAUGCAAGCGGCAGCGGUCAUGCCGGUGUUGGAGCCAUGGACUCCUGACAACGGCUGCCUGACGGCCACCUCCAAGCCCGGCAGCUUAGAUUCCGUCGCAACAGCGAAGCACUGA